AUGCCGGCCAAGAGGAAACUGGUGCCGCCGGCCCUCAACAUCACCCCCACCAUCGCCGAGGGACCCAGCCCCACCGGCAGCGGCGAGGGCGACGGCUCCGAAGCACACCUGGUUGACCUCCAGAAGAAACUGGAAGAACUGGAGCUGGACGAGCAGCAGAAGAAACGGUUGGAAGCUUUCCUCACCCAGAAGGCCAAAGUGGGUGAACUGAAAGACGACGAUUUCGAGAGGAUUUCGGAACUAGGAGCUGGCAACGGCGGGGUGGUCACCAAAGUACAACAUAAACCCUCAGGGCUAAUUAUGGCGCGGAAGCUGAUUCACUUGGAGAUCAAGCCUGCCAUACGAAACCAGAUAAUCCGGGAGCUCCAGGUGCUCCACGAGUGCAACUCUCCGUACAUUGUUGGUUUCUACGGCGCCUUCUACAGCGACGGGGAGAUCAGCAUUUGCAUGGAGCAUAUGGAUGGAGGUUCCUUGGAUCAGGUUUUGAAAGAAGCCAAGAGGAUUCCUGAAGAAAUCUUGGGCAAAGUCAGUAUAGCAGUUCUGCGAGGAUUGGCUUAUUUACGAGAGAAGCACCAAAUUAUGCACCGAGAUGUGAAGCCUUCUAACAUCUUGGUGAAUUCCCGGGGCGAGAUUAAGCUGUGUGAUUUUGGAGUCAGCGGGCAGCUCAUCGACUCCAUGGCCAACUCCUUUGUGGGGACCCGAUCCUACAUGUCUCCGGAGCGUUUACAAGGCACCCACUAUUCCGUUCAGUCGGACAUCUGGAGCAUGGGCCUCUCCCUGGUGGAGCUGUCAAUUGGACGGUAUCCCAUUCCCCCGCCAGACGGCAAGGAGCUGGAAGUGAUUUUUGGCCGCCCCGUGUUCGAUGGGGCCGAAGGGGAACCCCACAGCAUCUCUCCACGGCCCAGGCCACCAGGACGUCCUGUCAGCG